AUGUAUAUACACAGAAAUACACAUGCACAGACACAUGUACAUACAUACACAGACAUAUGUACACACAGACACAUGUACGUACAUACACACAAACACACAUACAUGUUCAUGCACAGACACAUGUACACACGCAGAGACGCAUGCACACACACACACACAUACAUGUACAUACACGCAGAGACAUGUACAGAUACACACAUGUACAUACACACAGACACAUGUACAAUUGUACAUGCAUACACCGCCCCCCCAUAAAAAGUUGCAGUACUUCGUUGUUCACUCACAGAUCCGGGUACUGCACUCUAGGGGGAGGCAGAGAGCACAGCACACACUCCUUGCUUUGCUUUCACUGCACUCAGCUAUUGAGCAGUCUGACGGCUCCCAGUGCCAAUGACUGAUCCGGCCUGAGCUCCGAGCCUGCUCAGCAAGAUGGCCCUGGGGGACACACUCACCCCCACCAUAAUUUCCACUCGCCAUUGGCGAGCAGGCGAGUGGAAAUUUCAAGCCCUGAACUAGAUCCAUAGGAAA